AUGAAGUUAUUAAAAGCUAUCACUGUAUUAACUACAGCCAUCGGUUGUGCAUCUGCAUUCAUAAUUAAGGAUGCCAAGAUUUCCUUCAAGGAUGAAACAAGAGAGGCCAUUGAACUUGGUCAAUUGGAUGAAACUUUCAUGAAAGCUGAAUCUGCUCCAUUAUUAAUUAAAGAUCUUGAUGAAGUGGUUAGUUUCAAAUUCAAAUUAGAUUUAUCCAAAUCUAAAUCUAAGGAAAUCCCACAACAAUUGUCUUUAUUAGUCGGUAUUGCUGAUAAAGCUUUAGAGGUCCCAAUUGUCGCUAAAGUAAAGGAUUCUUCAAAGAACAACAAAGUGAAACUUGUCAGUUUCAAAGUAGAUCUACAAGCAUUACCAAAAUCCGUACUACAUUAUGCUUUUGUUAAUGAUAAUGAACAAAUUACCGCUUCUUUGAUUGUCGCUAACGAUAAGAAACAAUUAGCUAGAAAGGAAACUAAUUUAUAUUUCCCAGUCUUCCAUUUACAAUUCACUGACUCUGCUAAAGAAACUAUUGUCGAUACUUUUGAAGAACCUUUAAGAUACGGUAAACAAGUAGAAUUAGCUCACACUUUCCCAAAUCCACCAAAGACUGCCGACCCAACUCUAUCUUUACUAUUUGCUGGUGCCGUUACCAUGGUUAACAUGUUCUUAUAUAUGUACUGGAUUAAUUUCAAUGCUAUUUCUUUUGAAAACUUCCCAUCCGGUAAAGAUUUCAUCCCAUUCAUUGGCUUUUUCGGUUCCAUAAUUGGUUGUGAAAUUGUCUUCGCUCUAUAUUACUUAGGUACAGGAAUCUUUGAAACUGUCAAUUGUUUAGCCAUUGUUGCACCAGUAGGGUUAAUAUUAGGUUCUAAGUUCUUAAGAAGUUACAAUCAAAAGAUUUAA